AUGGCUCUCUUGCAAUUCGGCACCACGCUUGUCUUUGGCGUGCCACCGCUUUGGAAUAAUGAAAACCAGCCUGAUCCUAAUGUGAGGAAGAUGCAGGCUGUUCUAGUCGGCAUCCUAGGCACCAUCCCCACCCUAACCCUCGCCUACCUAACCGCGCCCUUCACCCACCAAAUCUUCCUUCAAAUCCCCCCCUCAGCCCGCCUCUCCCUCCCCGCCCUCCAGCGCCACGCCCGCACCCUCCGCACCCACCCCACAGCCACCACCAAACUCGAAUUCGUCACUCUGCGCAUCUUCCCCUUCCGCAAACAUACCACCGCUUUCCUGCACGAACUACGCGCUCUCCCGCCCUCACGGUUCAGAUUGGCGAAUAUCGAGUUGCCGAAGACGAAGGAGUGGAGGGAGAGGCAGAGGGAGAAGGGGAGGUGGAAGAGGGUAUGGGAGGUGUUGAAUGAACAAAGGUUUAAGUUUUAUGUUAAAGAGGGGAGGGGGUAUACGGUUCGGACGGGGGUGCCGGGCGUGUGGGAGGAGGUUGCGGAGAGGAUUAGGGAGCAGAGUGCAGGGAUGGAGGAGGGGGGGAAAGGGGCUGGGGCGAGGGGAGUGAAGAGUAAGACUGGUGCUGGUGUUAGGGAGAAGAUGCCUGCGUUGAAGGUUGGGGAAAGAAUUAAGAGACAGACUACUAGGGUCGUGAAGAGGUGA